GAAACUAAACCACUGAUCGCAGAAAGGACAAGUGCCUGCAGACCUGCGUCUCCACGUACUCUGUUGUUAGAUCUAUCUAGUUUUCACUCUGUCUCAUCACAAGACAGUGACGGCAUUAAUUGAUCGACUACACCUACUUGUUGGUUGUUACUGCACAGCGAAACCCUGCCAUCAUCAGCAAACAGAACGGAAACGAUCAGAAAGAUGGAAGACCCACCGGAAAUGAGCAGGAACAUUCCACAAAUUCGGCAAGCGGAUUUCGAUGCUCCAAAAUACAACUUACAGGGACGCAAGCUUUGUGUUCUGUUGAUUCACGAUGAGAGACAAAGGACACAUCAAUUGGGUAAAGAUGAUGAGGACAUGGAAGAAAAGUCACAAAGUAGGAUCAACAAUGACUUGAGUCAACUUGAAAGUACAUUGCGUGAGAAAUUUGGUGAUGAUGUCAUAAAAGAGAAAAUUCCCAUAAAUGAUGAACUGACGACCCAAACAUUCAAGAAGCGAUUGGAAACAUUUGCUGAUCAACGUAUUCCGUCAGAUGUAGGAGCAUUCCUGUGUGUGUUUCUUGGAUUUGGCGGAUCAGAAUAUGUUUAUCUUGGGCGUGGUGAAAUUGGAAAAAUUCAAAAAAUGGAUUUUGCUGAAGUUGUUCAACAAUUUAAUGGCGAAAAUUGCAAAGCUUUGGUUGCGAAACCAAAAAUGUUCUUUGUUCAGGCGGAAACAAUCCAUCCUGCAAAGCCACCUGAUGGAGCCUUUAGUGGAACAGUAUCGAAAGGGGACCUGGUCAAGAUUCCUAUUCAUGCGGACAUUUUUGUGUACUUUUCCUCAGCACUUGCAGGAAAAUUAUGGAAUGAGGUUCCGUUGUCUGAUGGAGUUGGAGACAAGGAAAAGGUGAUGUCCAGGUUUGUGCAUGUGUUGUGUAGUGAGAUCGCGAAGUUAACCCAAGAUGUUGAUAUUCAGAAGAUGGUUAUUAGAAUUAACCAUCAAAUUCACACUGCAAAAUUUCCAGAGGACAAAAGGCCGCCCGAUGUUUUGCCACUAGCAACAAGCCAAUUAACAAAAAUCCUCGUUUUGGCAGAUAUCACCGGAACCAAAUGA